AUGUCGUACAACAAGGCCCCGUCCAUCACCGCCGAGACCAUAAAUCCCAGGGUCAAGAUCUUCAACUACGCACCUUGCGGGGAGAUCCUCAAGCACGCAGAGCGGUUGGAGCAGGAGAUGGAGGGAAACCCUGGUUCUCUCCCUUUCCAAGAGAUAAUAUACUGCAAUCUUGGGAACCCCCAGGUUCUUGGUCAGCCACCAUUAACUUUCUUUCGUGAGGUUCUUUCGCUGUGUGACAAUCCAACCCUCCUGGACAAAGAUGAAGCUUGUGCCUUAUUCAGUCCUUCUAGCAUAAAAAGAGCCAGGAGGAUCAUAAAUUCGAUUCUGAGCAAAGACACUGGUGGAUAUACUGAUAGUCGGGGAAUCAAAUGCCUGCGUCAAGUAGUUGCAGACGGGAUUACUGCAAGAGAUGGUUUUCCAUCAAAAGCAGAUGAUAUUUUUCUGACAGAUGGAGCUGGCGCAGCGAUCAAUUUGCUGAUGCAGAUACUCAUCAGGUCUCACGAAGAUGGCAUUUUGAGCCCUCUACCAGAAUACCCCUUAUACUCCGCUUCCAUCAUACUUCAUGGUGGAACGAUGGUGCCGUACAAUCUUACUGAAGAUAAUGGUUGGGGCCUUGAGAUUUUUGAAGUCAAGAGAUGCUUGGAAGAGGCUCGUUCAGCUGGCCUGACUGUUAGAGCUAUGGUGGUAAUAAACCCUGGCAAUCCUACUGGACAAGUGCUGUCCAUCACCAACCAGGAGGAGAUACUGGAAUUUUGUCGGAAGGAAGGUCUGGUUAUGCUUGCUGAUGAGGUAUACCAGGAAAAUCUCUAUGCAGAGAACAAAAAAUUCCAUUCUUUCAAAAAAGUGGCCAGAUCACUUGGUUAUGACGAAAAGGACAUCUCCAUAGUAUCAUUUCAUUCCGUUUCAAUGAGCUAUGGGGAAUGUGGGAGAAGAGGAGGCUACAUGGAGGUGACUGGUUUUGCAGAUGAUGUGAAGGAUCAGAUUUGCAAGGUGGCUUCUUUAACAAUAUGCCCCAACAUAGCUGGCCAAAUUCUUAUUAGCCUUGCAAUGGACCCACCAAAGCUAGGAGAUGAGUCUUUCGAGUUAUUUGAUGAUGAGAAGGAAAAGAUCCGUUCAUCUUUCAGGAAGCGUGCCAAGACCCUAGAGAAAGCUUUCAGCAGCAUGGAGGGCGUGAGCUGCAACAAUUUAGAGGGUGCACUGUACUUGUUCCCACGGCUCCACCUUCCCUCUGCCGCGAUCAGGGCCGCCGAGUCCAAGUGA